AUGGAAAACAAUAUCAAUACAUCUGUUGGUAAUUUUACAAAAUUACUUGAAUUUUUUCACAUUAUCGAGAAGUUAAAGAAAACAAAACGUACUGGAUGGAUUAUUAGUAACAUUGAGAAUCCCGAAUCGAUAUCAGAUCAUAUGCAUAGAAUGUCUAUAUUAGCAUUGUUGUCGAAUGACGAUAAGCUGGAUAAGAAUAAGUGUGUUAAAAUGACUGUAGUUCAUGAUUUAGCUGAAGGUAUAGUGGGAGAUAUAACGCCAUUUGAAGGGGUCACAAAACAAGAAAAAAAUCGAAGAGAAAUGGAGGCAAUGCAAUAUAUUUGUAAAGAAUUACUUGAGGAUUCUUUACAGUCUCAAGAGAUAUUUUCGUUAUGGCAAGAAUAUGAAAAUGGUGAAACGAUGGAAGCAAAAUUCGUAAAGGAUUUGGAUAAAUUUGAAAUGAUCUUACAAGCUUUUGAGUAUGAGAAAUCGGACAAAAAAGAUCUUACUGAAUUUUUCGAAAAUACAAGGGGGAAAUUUACUCAUCCUCUUGUAAAAUCAUGGGUCGAAGAGCUUUAUCUUCAACAACUAAAAUUUGGACAAAUUUUAUAUGAUACAAAUGCUGGAUUAAGUGUCAUGGAAGAUAAAACUAUUAAAGUACAGAUAAGUAAUUCUGAGUAUAAAGAUGUGAAAUCAGACAAAAAUAAUGGGUUGAAUGAUUAUACACCUUGUCUAACAAUGAAUAAUUAUGAUUUGGAAGGAAAUGUAACAGAGUCAGAAAAAGGUUUUUGCAAAACUAGUAUUAAUGUUGAAAAUACAUCAGAAAGAAAAAAAAAACAAGUAAGCAGUAUAAUAUAUGAUAAUGAAAUGCAAAAAAGUGUUAAAUUUAUACUUAGUCUUAAUGGAUCUAAUGAAGAAUCUAUCAUUGAAAAUGUUGAUAAAACUUUAUUAUCAGAUGAAAUUUCAUUAUCAUUGAAAAAUACUGAUGAUAGAACUUCUGAAGUAAAGAUUGAUAUAAAUGUUUAA